CAUCUCUCUCUCUCUCUCUCUCUCUCUCUUCCUCUCUCCUCCAUCGGCUAAAAAAGAUCUGAAUUCCGUGGGAAAAAUAUGAUCUUGAAAAGAUGAUGUUUUUCUUGGUGGGUUUUUGGUAGAAUCUACUGGGUAUUACUUGUUUUCCUCAGCUUCAAGAUCUUGAUGGAUUAAGACCCAGAGGAGUUAAGGAUCCCUUCUUAAUGGCUGUGAAGAUGUGUGUUUUUCUAGCAACAAUUCAAACAACAGGACCAUCUGUCUGGUCGUAGUUUGGUUCCCCCAAUAUCCAAACAGAGCCUUAUAAUCCUUCGGAGGAAGUUGACAGAAACAAGAUGAAGAGAUCAUUCGGAGGCUCAGAUUCUCUCGGUGUUUUCAUGUCCGUCUGCACAACCACAGGAGACGAGCAAAUGAUAAGCCCGAGAUCAUGCACGAACUUCCUGUACUUCCCGGCGAUGGCGGAAGAGGAGGAGGAGGGGUGCCACGUGGCGGCGGGGGAGGGGGAGAAGAAGAGGAGGCUAAGCGUGGAACAAGUAAAAGCGCUGGAGAAGAACUUCGAGAUAGAGAACAAGCUCGAGCCGGAGAGGAAGGUGAGGUUGGCCAUGGAGUUGGGGCUGCAGCCGAGACAGGUGGCCAUAUGGUUCCAGAACCGCCGUGCCCGUUGGAAGACUAAACAGCUCGAGCGCGACUUUCUCCUUCUCAAGUCCAACUUCGAUUCCCUCAAACGCAACCGCGACGCUCUCCAACGCGACAACGACUCCCUCCUUCAUCAGUUAAAGGAGCUGAGAGCACAACUCAACAUAGAAGGGACCGUGAGGGAGGGAGAAGAAGCCGCACCGCCUCCGCCGGCGACGGACAACGAUGUUCCGGAGGUGAGCCACCGUGAGCCUCCGCCUCCGCCGCCACUGACGGCGGAGAUAGAGUACGAUAUGUUCGAUAUUUUCCCAGGAGCCGAAAGCUUCAAGGACGGUCCGGCCGACAGCAGCGGAUCCAGCGCCGUCCUGAGCGAGGAAUGCCACAGCUCCACCACGGCGGCGGCGGAGAUGACGUUGGGGUGUUUUGGUAAUUUCGUGAAGAUGGAAGAGCAUGGAGAUCUUUUCACCGGAGAGGAGGCUUGCAAGUUGUUCGCCGACGACGAACAGUGGUAUUGCUCCGAUCAGUGAAAAGUCGUGAGAAAGGAGGAGAAAUUUAGGGGUAUCUAUGACAUUUUUAGAAAACUUUGGGGUCGAUAUAGAAUAUAUAAAUGUUACGGGUCUGAAAUGAAAUGGGAGGAAGCGGAGGGUAAUACCGGAAGAGAGAAUUCGAUCCCGAGGGGGAUCACGUGUGGCUUUAUGUGAGAAUUCGCACGUGUGGCGGUAAAUCCAAAAAAGUUUCUCCCUAA